UUUAAAAGGAUGAGGUAGAUUCGGCUCCUAUAAUAUUAUUUUCCCAAUCGCCACUAUCAAAAAUAAUAUUAUUUUGCCAGAAAAAAAAAAUGGUAAAGAGUGUCGUAAAAGUUAAAACAAUAGAAAAGCUCGAUCUUUGUGUAUCAUUAUCAUGUUCUUUUACUGUUCCAAAAACUCACUUCUUUAAUCAACUCAAAAAUUCCAGAGGAAUCCUCCUCCGUUCCGCAGGUUGCCUCAACUCCAACACUUCCACUUUCACUAUACUACCCAACCUAUUUGUUUCCUUCUUUGGAUUUCUCACUCUCAUCUCAUGGAAUCUUCACAAUACAACUAAGAAGCAAGUCCAAGUUUGUAUCUCCUCUAGUCUAGCUUGAACAUGAUAACUUAACUUCCACUUGAAUUGGGUUUUAAGUGUUGGGUGAUCAUGGGGUACCAGUUCCAGUUUGGCAAGCUUGGUCGAAAAAGAGCUCAUAGAUGGAUUUUUGUGGUGGUGUUAGUGGCUGUAACACAUUUGUUGUUUCAGUCUUUCCUGUUCCCAUAUGGGAAUGCCCUUCGCUCUUUGUUUCCCGAGAGAGAAUUUCCCAUUAAUGUGAAAUAUAAUGUGCUUAGUACUGCUGUUCGUUCUUCCUCUUCCUCCAAAUCUGUGAUGGUUCGGAACCCUCUUACAGUUUAUGCUGGAGGAGAACUGGGGUUUGAUACAAAAGAAAAGGAAAAUGACAUAGAUAAUAAGGAGAUUAGCUUUGGCAUUGAUGGAACUUCUUAUAAUGUUCUGGAUAGAUUUGUAGAUAACAGUCUUCCAUUCAAGGAUUCUAGAGAUUCAAAUGUGGUGUCCACAGCACUUGUAAGCAUAAAAAAUGAGGAGAGUGAUCCUGUAAUGGAUGAUGAUGCUAGCAGAGAUCAGCUAGAAUUCUCUGUAGAGCAGAUUAAGGAACAAGAUACUGAAAUUUCUAAGGACAAUGUUGUAGUGGAUGGUAUAACUUUGGUGCAGAAAACAAUUGAUGGUGGCUCAGACACUCCUUUCAAACAUUCUACGCUUGUAUCUUCUGCUUCGGCUUCAAACAAUAUGACAUAUUUAACUACCUCAACAUUCAGUGAAAACCCUUCUUUAGCUUCUGCUUCCAAUCAAAGUGAUCAACAAAUCUCGAAGAACAAUUCUGCAAUUGUUAGUGUCCCAAGAAGAAAGAAGAUGAGGUGUGACAUGCCCCCAAAGUCAAUAACCACGUUUCAGGAGAUGAACCUCAUAAUAGUAAAGCAUCGUGCCAAAUCGCGUUCAAUGAGACCAAGGUGGUCCUCUGUGCGCGAUCGUGACAUUAUGGCUUUGAAGCCACAAAUUGAGCAUGCUCCUACAACAAAUGAUCAGGAGCUUUAUGCUCCUCUAUUUCGAAAUGUUUCCAUGUUCAAAAAGAGUUAUGAGCUCAUGGAACGAACCCUCAGAGUCUAUGUCUACAAGGAUGGCGAAAAACCUAUUUUCCAUCAACCAAUUUUAAAAGGAUUAUAUGCUUCAGAGGGAUGGUUUAUGAAACUGAUGGAGGGAAAUAGGCGUUUUGUGGUAAAGGACCCUCGGAGGGCUCAUCUGUUUUAUAUGCCAUUUAGUUCACGAAUGCUAGAACACACCCUGUACGUAAGGAACUCUCACAAUCGAACAAACCUGCGCCAAUAUUUGAAGGAGUACACAGAAAAAAUAUCUGCAAAGUAUCCUUACUUCAACAGAACUGGUGGAGCUGAUCAUUUUCUUGUCGCCUGCCAUGACUGGGUAAGCUCUUUGUUUGUGCAACUCUUGUCUAUAGACAGCUAAUUUCAUUUAACUUUGACCAAUUCUAACAAGAUGUAAAUUGGAUUCUUACAUUACAGGCUCCAUAUGAAACAAGGCACCACAUGGAGCGUUGUAUGAAGGCCCUUUGCAAUGCUGAUGUAACUGCAGGCUUCAAGAUUGGAAGAGAUGUAUCACUUCCUGAAACAUAUGUCCGGUCAGCGAGGAACCCUCUAAGAGAUCUUGGUGGAAAGCCUCCAUCUCAAAGGCACAUUCUUGCCUUCUAUGCAGGGAGCUUGCAUGGCUACUUACGCCCGAACUUGUUGAAGUACUGGAAAGAUAAAGACCCUGAUAUGAAAAUCUUUGGUCGAAUGCCUCUUGGUGUUGCAAGCAAAAUGGACUACAUCCAGCUCAUGAAAAGCAGCAAAUACUGCCUCUGCCCCAAAGGUUAUGAAGUGAAUAGCCCAAGGGUCGUCGAAGCCAUCUUUUAUGAAUGUGUUCCAGUGAUCAUAUCUGACAAUUUUGUGCCUCCAUUUUUUGAUGUCUUGAAUUGGGAAGCAUUCUCUGUAGUUCUUGCUGAGAAAGACAUUCCAAGGUUGAAAGACAUUUUACUCGCAAUACCGAAAGACAAGUAUCUGGAGAUGCAAUUUGCAGUCAGGAAGGCUCAGAAGCAUUUUCUAUGGCAUGCUAAACCCAUGAAGUAUGACCUCUUCCAUAUGACCCUUCAUUCAAUUUGGUACAAUAGAGUUUUUCAGAUAAAACCCAGAUAAAAUAAUGCUAGUCUAUGAAAGAAAAAAUGGUUUUUUUUUGGGUAACAUAUCUGCCUGUACAUAUUUUGCUGUACGAUCUUGUGAAACACAUAAUAUGUUUAUGAAUGUAACUGUUAAGUCUGUUACCUAUUGUAAUGUCAGGAAUUUUAUGACUCUUUCUCUGGAUUACUCGACCAAUUUGGCUCA